GCAGUGAGUGCUGACUGAUAAAGGCAGGCACGAAGUGCGCCCCACGACUAUUGGCCGUGACAUCACCCGCGCAGUCGACACAAACGAACUUCUUGGAUAUAACAUGAGGCACGCGACCUCUUUCAUCUCCGUUUAUGGCGCCCUCAACCCUAACAGAUCUACCUCUAGAGCUACUCGACCAUAUUACCUCGUACCUACCCACGGCGCAAUCACUUGCAUCGUUCAGUCAGACAAGCAAGAGUCUCAACGCGUUCGUAGAAAAAGAUGCGUGGCAGACCUUCCUACGGAGCCGCUUCCCAUCAACAUGUCCGGCUUCUACGCCAUCACCAAAACAUACUGCACGCACGUUGACAAUAUUAUCAAAGGCUUGGAAUCAUCGCGCGUUCCUCGCUCGCUACAUAGAGCCACGGGGUGACAUUCGCGCCUUUCCUGGAGGCAGGAAAGUGGAGCGCUGGAAGCCGCCUAAAGGGCAAACCAUUGGCUUCACGCCUCAUCUCGAUGCUUACGAGAGCAUUGGUCCCAGAUGGCAGGACAGGAAAGAAGUCCUCGCUUUCAGCGCUGGGGCAGAGGUGUGUCUUCAGACGCGGGUACGGCGAGGCGAUCAAGAAUAUGCACGAUGGUACACAUACCGUCCACUAUCCGCAUACGAGGGAAGGGACGAUGUGACGACGCUGCACUUGCUGCGACCCGAGCUCGGUGAGGCAUCACAGGGACCAGAAAGAGUCAUUACAGGAACUGCCAAUGGGGGCCUUGCCAUUGUCGCACUGCCGGAGAGUGAUCAGAGCACUGCGGCACUCUCGCACUUCGUCACUCAAGGCCAUCCUGUUCGUUCCAGCAGCAUUUUGCAGCAGCCUUUAGGGAAAACGCUCCUCGUCGCAAACAUGAGCGACUCCCGAGUCUGCAUCUAUCCUGUGGACGCGGCGCAAUCGAAGAUAGCCCCUUUGGAUUCGAUAGACAUCAAACCUUCCACGAGCGAAAAUGGGCAGCGAGCCAAGCAUCAACGUGUCUGGUCGACCUCCUUCCUGUCGUCCGCACGCAUUGCUGCUGGAAUUGGCCCGUCUGACGAGCCCAUACACAUCUACAGCCUUACACCCUCGGGGCUGGAGAAGGAACCAUUUCGCAAGUUCAGCUUACAGAACGACUUCGAGCGGCUGGUCGGUGAGAUUACGCUCUCAGGCUUCGCAAAGAAAAGCUCGUCCUCUAUCUACCCUAUCCUGCCACUGCCGCCAUCCUCAAGCAGCGGAGGAAGUUCAGAUGGUGACGUCUUUCUUACCGGAGCUUACGAUGGCAUCAUUCGCCUGCAUGAUCUUCGCUCAGAUCGCCAAGUGGAGAGGACCUACACCGAUCCAACGGAUGAUAGUGCAAUCUACAGUCUUCUAGCUCGUGGCCAGGAGAAGCUUAUUGCUGGCUCGAGUCGCCAUAGCUUGCUCAAGGUCUUUGAUAUGCGCAUGGGAGCAGACUGCUACUCCUACCUCGAUGCGAGCACAUGUCAUCUCCCCAGUAGUGGCGCGCGCAGAGAACCUGCGAGAGAUUGGAACCUGUUCCUGCGUCCCCACUCCGCGACCCAUACCGGUCGUGGCGGUGGGAAUAACUGGGCACGACGGAGUCACGAAAGCUCGGUUUAUAGCUUAGCGUCGCCUUCUUCUCAGUCGCCGUAUCUGUAUGCCGGCGUAGAGAACGCUAUUCUGGAGCUUGCAUUCACAUCGAUUCUAGAUCAACAGCCAGAUCCUACUUUCUUCAGUACCUGGAAGCCGGUCGCGCGAGGUAAGACUGACGCAUGGCGCUCGGCAGAAGUCUUGGACCUCGCGAUGUACGAUCAGACGGCGGACAUGAAGCUGUACACGCAGAGAAGCUUAUGGAGUACCUGGAACUUAAAGCAUGGCCACGCAAGCCAUGCAUCCACAAGCCUGGUGAUUGACGGCUUGGACGAGCGCUGGAGACUCGGGACCGAAGGCGCGUGAUACUGUAGCAUUGUGGAUCGUGACGCGAGGAAGAAUGCCGCCCUUGCAACACUAAUCAACGCCGCUAAGUACAACUAAUUCAUGAUGUCGUAGUCUCUCAGUCACGCACAUUCAACGCCUGCCGUUCU